GGGCGUGCGCAGCCGCAGAGCGCCGCAGCCUCGCCAGCUCGCCCCGGCACUGCGCACUUGCCAGCCAGUUCGCCCGUCCGGAGCCCGGCUCGCUGGGGCAGCAUGGCGGGGUCGCCGCUGCUCUGGGGGCCGCGGGCCGGGGGCGUCGGCCUUUUGGUGCUGCUGCUGCUGGGCCUCUUUCAGCCGCCCUCCGCGCUCUGCGCGCGGCCGGUAAAGGAGCCCCGCGGCCUAAGCGCAGCGUCGCCGCCCUUGGCUGAGACUGGCGCUCCCCGCCGCUUCCGGCGGUCAGUGCCCCGAGGUGAGGCGGCGGCGGGGGCGGUGCAGGAGCUGGCGCGGGCUCUGGCGCAUCUGCUGGAGGCCGAACGUCAGGAGCGGGCGCGGGCCGAGGCGCAGGAGGCUGAGGAUCAGCAGGCGCGCGUCCUGGCGCAGCUGCUGCGUGUUUGGGGCGCCCCCCGCAACUCUGACCCGGCUCUGGGCCUGGACGACGACCCCGACGCGCCUGCAGCGCAGCUAGCUCGCGCUCUGCUCCGCGCCCGCCUUGACCCUGCCGCCCUCGCAGCCCAGCUUGUCCCCGCGCCUGUCCCCGCCGCAGCGCUCAGACCCCGGCCCCCAGUCUACGACGACGGCCCCGCGGGCCCAGAUGCCGAGGAGGCAGGCGACGAGACACCCGACGUGGACCCCGAGCUGCUGAGGUACUUGCUGGGACGGAUUCUUGCCGGAAGCGCGGACUCCGAGGGGGUGGCAGCCCCGCGCCGCCUCCGCCGUGCCGCCGACCAGGAUGUGGGCUCCGACGUGCCCCCUGAGGGCGUGCUGGGGGCACUGCUGCGCGUGAAACGCCUAGAGACCCCGGCGCCCCAGGUGCCUGCACGCCGCCUCUUGCCACCCUGAGCACAGCCCGGAUCCCUUGCACCCUGGGACCCAGGAGUGCCCCCGCCAUCCCGCCACCAGGACUGCUCCCCACCAGCACGUCCAGAGCAACUUACCCCGGCCAACCAGCCCUCCCACCCGAGGAUCCCUACCCCCGGCCCCACAAUAAACAUGAUCUGAAGCAGC